GAUGUGGCAUCACUGGAUCAGCGAUGGGUGUUGGCAAGCGUUUACAGAUUUAAAAACUCAAAACAAACGAAGCGACGCGAUGGAGCCAGCCGAAAGUCCAGAAAAACUAAUGAAAUCCGUACGCCGCAGUGACGUACUGGAAGAUGUGGGCAACAUGAGUGCCGUCGAUCUAUCGAGCGGUGAUCUCUCCGACAUCGAUCUUAAGGACGUGCCCGCCCAACUGGAGGCCACUUUAAAGCCGCGUCGCUACGAAGCAAGCACUUUGUUUAACAUUGACCUGGACGAUAUCUGGGAUCCCAGCUGUCAGCAGGACGAGGUGCAGCAUUACAAGGAGCGCGCCCAGAAGGAGCAGCAAAAGUUCUUCGACUUUGUGAUGCAUGCGGCACUGGAUACGGACAAUCGCAAGGUUAGCUUCCAGCCAAACAAGGAGCAGCAGCGUCACCUAGAUCAGGGACCCAAUUUGCAAAACUUCGUGCGAAGCUCGUUGGCGUUCACAAACGCGGCCAUCCGAUUUCAGGCGGAGCACGAGGACAUGAUGGAGCUGCAGUGCAAUCUGGACGAUCAAUACCUAUUCAUGCGGAACACCAUGAUCAACAACGCUAUACACCAGAAUAUGGCCAGCCAACGGUGACCCUAAGCUAUGCAUAAAUAUACAUAUGUGAAUUGUAGAUAUUGAUAAAUUAAAGUAAGACUCGGAGAUUGUAA